CGUUCCUCCGGAGCAGCUCGCGAGUCUUUUGCGCUGUUUUUCUCGCCUCGCGCACAUUUUCUCCUCUCGAGGCUGAAUGAAUGUACACGCGGAAUGUAAAUACAGAUCGGGACAGGGGCGACGUCUCUCUGUCUGUCUCUGUUUAUUUCUUUCUGUGGCUAAGUAUUUGGCUGAGGGAUUCUGAAGCCAUCGUUUUGGAGCCCUGGAAACAUAAAGGGAGGUGAGCCGAGUGAAAAGAGGGAGAACGGGGGCAAAUAGGCUGUUUCCUCUCCCCCCCCCUCCUCUCUCUCUGCUCCCUAAGUUACCUGUCCGUGGCUGCAGAGGUGAAGACGUGUCGCUUUUCUCUUUCAUUUGCGAAGCUUAAUAGCUUUUUAAAAGGGGAAAUGCAUUGGGCUCAUGAUCAGUGAUACAAUGUACGUCUCACUCGCCAUCACUCGCACAGACUGAAGAGGGACAUUUCCAAGAAGGACGGCGCAGAAGGGUGAAGUCAGGCAUUUCUCAGGUCAAACAAACCUACUGGAUGCUGGAAAUAUCACACGCCUCCGGAAGCUGAAGAUGAAGUUAUUAUGGAAACCGAUUUUGCUGCUAUCAGUCAUGGAGUGUCUUACAGAUUGUCUGGAUUAUAAAUCAUUUCAUGGGCCAAAAUGGCGGAUGGAGCCCAGUGAUUUAAUGGUGCCUGUUGGUUUACCGGAAGAAGAGGCCACUCUCACCUGUGAUGCCAAAGGCUUCCCCGCUCCUCAGUACAGGUGGUCACUGAACGGCACAAUGAUUGAUCUGAGGGCUGACUACCGGCGGCGUCUCUCUGGGGGAAAUCUGGUGAUUAGGAAUCUGGACCUUGCCAAUGAUGCGGGAAUCUACCAGUGCACUGCUUUUAACUCACUGGGUGCCAUUCUCAGCAGGAGAGCAACCCUUCAGUUUGCAUACUUGAAUUUUAAAACUCAAACAAGAAGUGCCGUGUCGGUGCGUGAAGGCCAAGGAGUAGUUUUACUAUGUGGUACACCCAUAUAUGCAGGAGAGCUGCAUUUUGCCUGGGUGUUCAACGAGUACCCGUACUUUGUCCAGCAGGACAGCAGACGUUUUGUCUCACAAGAGACUGGGAACCUUUACAUCGCUAAAGUAGAGCCUUCAGAUGUAGGAAACUACACAUGCGUGGUGGUAAAUCGCAUUACAAAGGUCAAAAUGCUCAGCUCUCCCACUCCGCUGGUCCUGAGGACAGAUGGUGUGAUGGGUGAAUAUGAGCCUAAAAUAGAAGUAUAUUUCGCUGACAUGGUUCCAGCUGCCAAGGGCUCAAUUGUGACACUGGAAUGUUUUGCUCUGGGGAAUCCAGUGCCUGAAAUAACAUGGAGAAGGGCUAAUGGAGUUCCCUUUCCGAACAAAGUGAAGAUGAAGAACUCGAAUGUCGUUCUGGAGAUCCCCAGUUUCCAACAGGAGGAUGCGGGUGGUUACGAAUGUGUGGCAGAGAACAAGAUGGGCAGGAACACUGUGAAAGGACGACUCUCCUUCCAUGCUAAGCCUCAGUGGGUGCAGACCAUGCAUGACAGUGCCUUAUCCAUUGAUGAAAGGCUGUUUUGGGAAUGUAAAGCCAGUGGAAAACCCAAGCCCUCCUAUAGCUGGCUAAAGAAUGGAGAACUACUGAACACACAGGACAGGAUUCACAUAGAGAAUGGAGCUCUAACUGUAGCCUCAGUCAACCUCUCUGACGCUGGCAUGUAUCAGUGUGUUGCGGAAAACAAACAUGGAAUUAUUUAUUUCAGUGCUGAGCUGGUGGUGCUUGCCUCACCCCCAGAUUUCUCCAGAUCCCAAGUGCGAGCACUACUUAAAGCUAAAACUGGCAGCACUGUGACUAUGGAGUGCAGGCCCCAGGCUUAUCCACCUCCCAUCACAUCCUGGAGGAAAGGCAGUGAACAGCUUCAGAGUACAGACAGGAUAAGUCUUCUUCCAGAUGGAACAGUAAGAAUCAUAAAUGUGACAAAGACAGAUGUGGGCAGCUACACAUGCCUGGCUAGAAACCAGUUUGGGAUGGCAAGCACUACCAGAAGACUGCUGGUCACAGAUCCCACACGGAUCACUCAGGGCCCAGUGGAUACGGAGAUCAUAGUGGGCGAGAGUAUCGUGCUGCCGUGCCAGAUCGCGUGCGAUGCCUCUCUGGAUGUGUCUUUCUCCUGGGCCUUUAACGGACAGCUCCUCAACAAACUCGACCCACACUACGAGCACGUCGGUGGGGGGGUGGCUGGAGAUCUGAUGAUACGCAAUAUUCAACUGAAGCAUGCCGGGAAGUAUGUCUGCGUCAUCGACACAGAUGUAGAAAGUUUGUCUGCGGCUGCCAUUUUGAUUGUAAAAGGUCCCCCUGGAGCUCCAGACGGUGUAACAGUCGAGGAGAUCACAGACAGCACAGCGCAGCUCUCCUGGAGGCCUGGCCAAGACAAUGGCAGCCCCAUCCUCAGCUACAUCAUCCAGACCAAAACAGCGUUCACCGUUGGAUGGCAGGCGGUGAAUACAGUGCCCGAGGUGAUAGAUGGGAACACUUUGACAGCAACAGUGGUGGACCUGAAUGCAUGGGUAGAGUAUGAGUUCCGCGUGCUGGCUAGAAACAGCGUCGGUGUAGGAGAACCAAGCCCCGCCUCGCUCAAGACCAGAACCGAGGAUGCAGUUCCUGAUACAGCACCAGCUAAUGUUGGCGGUGGGGGAGGCUCCAAAUCUGAAUUGGUAAUAACGUGGGAGCCUGUGCCCGAAGAGCUGCAGAAUGGAGAUGGUUUUGGUUACAUCAUUGCUUUGCGGCUGCUCGGCGAGCUAACAUGGACGCACGUCGUGACGUCAGCACCGGGACGCUAUGUUUACCGCAACGAGAGCAUCGCACCGUUUUCUCCUUUCGCUGUGAAAGUGGGUGCGUACAACGUGAAAGGCCAGGGACCAUUCAGCCCUGUCACCACAGUGUUCUCAGCAGAGGAAGAGCCCAGCAGAAUGCCAGGGGGCGUGUGGGCUCGGAGUAUUUCUGACACUGAAUUUGAAGUGAGCUGGCAGACACUCUCCGACUCUCCCGAAAGAGUUUUGGGUUAUGAGGUCAUGUACUGGGAAGAUGACACUAAGCCAGAAACCAUGGGGAAAGUACGUGUGUCUGCAAAUCAGUACAAAGUGAACAUCAGUGGCCUGAAAGGGUACACUCAGUAUUUUCUUACAGUGAGCGCCUUCAACACAGCAGGAACCGGGCCUCGCACACCCACCAUUAACAUCACCACCAAAAAGUCCCCACCAGGACAGCCACCAGUGAAUGUGGAGUGGAAUCUGAUUGGCUCAAAGCUAACUGUCCACUGGGACCCGGUAGUCACCAUGGAGAUGGAGUCAGAGGUCACUGGGUAUAAGGUUUCUUACACAAGGAACAGACAUACAGAGAUUAAUACAGUGACCACUAACGUUACUUCUGUGGAGCUCAUCCUCCCUGCAGACGAUAAUUACAUCAUUCAGAUUUGUGCUCUGAGCGACAGCGGAGAUGGCAUGCCCACUGAGCCCAUCAACAUACACAAACUGAGUAUGAGUGUACGGGGAUCAGGAGCGUGGCACCCGACCGCCAUCCCCCUGUACUUGCUUUUUCUCAUCGCGUUGACUGCCACAAGGCCAACUUUGUGAAAAGGACUUUAAUAUUGCACAGACCUAUUGAGUUGAUCAUGUGUGCUCAUUACUUACAAAUCACGAGAGCAGUGUAGUGAAACAAUUUUUUACUCCCCGACCUUCCCAUAUUUCAACCGAGGCAGCAUCAUGUGCGUUCGAUGAAACCGACAAGGACGUUGAAAGUCACAGGAUUUUGUGUGCAUGUUAUGGUCUCAAGGCAAAGCGUUUAAAUAGACUGAACACAUUUAGGUCGUACUUUUUUGUAUCGUACACGGAUGUCAUGACUCAUAUGCACUACUUGCCAGCUGGUCUCUGUGACCCUUGCGGAGAACAAAAUGCCUUACUUCCAUGUUACAUGCCAAAGUAGUUCAUGUCUUUUGUCAUGUCCUUCUUCACUUCUUGUUGCCAAGCUACUGUUUGUCCAAUCAUGCUUUUUAUUCCUUUUGAUAUGACAAUGUAAUCAGUGUUUUUAUACAAUCUUGUUACAUAUCACUGGCCCCCCACCCCGCAGCUUCUGCGUACCCAUUUUACAGAAUUAUGAUUUUUCACUGUGCCUUCUAUACAAUAGCUGCAUAUCUUUCAUUUAACUUUACAUCAGAGCCUUUACUGUUCGGUCUUUCAUUAUCUUUGGGGAUGUAGCAGUGUGUCGAUUGAUGCCUGUUUGUAUUGGGUUUGAAGCAGUGGCUACGGUUCAUGGGUUUCGUUAACACGUACAACUAUUCGCACAGUGUUAUACUGCAGACUUAUUAUUAGCUUAUAAUGUCUGUCGACGCCGGCUGAUAAUAUGAUGUUAUUCUCCCAACUGCAUUAUAUCAUAGCAACAGAUUUGUUACAGAGAGAAACAUUCUCCUCUGGUUAACUGACAGCCUUGUUGUUUUUUUUUUUUACUGAGGACAGACUGCAUCCUUUGGGGCGUUUGAGUGUCGAAUGUGCAAGACUUGGGUUAUUGUAUGGUGUGUUGCAUAAGAAUUUACCCCUUUAAACUAUUUCACAUUAUGUAGUGAUACAACCUGUAACUAAAAUGGAAUUAAUUUGCCAUCUGUGGCAGGGAACCAAGCUCUCUGGGUGGGAUGGAUGGCAUUAACGUCUCUGCCCUGUCAAUCAUAGUGACACUAGCCAACCAAGAGGCUAUUUCGUCUGAGUGCGUUAUGGUGCCAUGUGAUGCAACAAUUCAAAAAGGGGAGAGUAUCUGUAAUUUGACAGGGAAUGGCUGCGGGAUGGAAAGUGUAGCAAUCAGGGUUUGUUUAUACAUAUAUAUAUAUAUAUAUAUAUAUUCGGUGAAAAAUGUCAUAUUGAAGGGAGGGCUUGGUUCAGAGAAGCAACCAAGAGGUCAAGAGUAACUGUCAACAUGAUACUACCACCACCAGGCUUCACUGCAGGGAUUUAUUAUCAGG